AUGAUCUGCUUUAACUGCGGCGAAGAAGGACACAUUGGAAGUCAGUGUUUGAAACCAAAGAAGGCACAAGCUAGUGGAAGAGUGUUUGCUUUGGCUGGAACUCAGACACCGAAUGAGGACAGACUUAUCAGAGUUGAGGUUCCAGCUAAAGGAUCAGUGACUACUUCUCUAGUAUGUUUGAAGUGUCCUUUGUCGAUCAUCGAUAGGAACUUCGCUGUUGAUUUAGUUUGUUUUCCGUUAAGUGGGUUGGAUGUAAUUUUGGGGAUGAAUUGGUUGGAGUAUAACUAUGUUCAUAUUAAUUGUUAUAACAAGUCUGUGAGGUUUUCAACCGCUGAAGAGGAAGAAGCUAGUUUGGUUUCGCCUAAGCAGUUGCGACAAUUGCUGAAGGAAGAAGUUGAGAUGUUCUCAUUAAUGGCAACGUUAUCAAUGGAGAAUCAAGCUAUAAUUGAUGAGUUGCAGAUUCACAACCUAGAUAAAUCUCAUAAUUGA